AUGGAACAUUCAAAUGGAUAUUCUCAAAUAUCAACGCUUGAUGAUAGUCAAGCAUUUAAUGUUGGGGGAGAAUUCCAAUAUUCGGAACCUUAUACCGCAACAACUUCGACAACUGGUGGUAAUAAUACUCAACUGGAUACUGAAAUUCACAGUUGGGAACAGUUACUAGGAGAGAAGAUUGGAACAAGUUCCUAUCCGAAUUCUCCACCAGUCGAAGGAACAAUUGAUCAAUCGGUUCAGUUGGGCUUUUCACCACAAGGAGAUACCACGAAGUUUCGUCGAGCUUCUCCAACUGAAAAGCCAAACUCGGAAGCUGACUACGAAACACUGGUUCGAACUAAAAAUUUAUACUAUGAUCCCGAACCAAAAGUUAUUCGUAAAACCUCAACAACGAACCCGAUUGUCUACAAUCAAAACAUUAUGGUACGGUUUUUACAGCCACCACCCGUGCCACAAGCACCGUUGAUUAUUCGAGAAGUGCGCGCACCACAACCUCCACCGCCGCCACCGCUCGUUAUUCGUCAGCAUCCACCACCGCCUCUAUCACCUCCACCAAUUAUUCUUCGUGAAAAACCACCGACGGCACCUUCGGCAAUGACUGCAACAGUCAUCACCCGAACGCUUCCACCGAUUCCACCACCACCGCGGUCAGUUAUCAUUGAAAAUCUUCCACGAUUGCCUCCUAAACCACGGGACGUAAUCAUCGAACGAUGGAUACCAUAUGAAGCUCUGUACAAACGUCCAGUUGUUGUUCAUCGAGCGAAAGAAUCAAAACCAUAUCCUCCACCAAAAAAUGUUAUCAUAACAUAUGAACCUAUACAAACACGUGUUAUUCGCCAAUUUCAACGAUUAGGAGUCACGCCUGAAGAUCCGACGAAUUACGCGAAGAAUUAUGGAGAUAGUCUACUUGAUACUGAUCAACUAUUAGCUCAAAUCAAAGAACUAGGUCUAAAUGUAGAUCUCUCUCCUCCGGCACUAUUUAAUAAUAAGAAUUCAUCAAUACUACUAGAUAAUCUCGACCCAAGCUUUAGUAAAUCACCCGCUGCUUCUCCACAAAAACAAUUGUACGGCGAAGUUAAUAGUAACAAUGCAAAUUACGCUCCGACCUUUGAAAAUCUUAUUCAAGAAACAAAAUCAACCAAAACUGUGGAAGAUUCCAAGGUUCUACAAUUGGCAAAGGAGCAUCAUAAUUUUUUCUCAAGUACGAAAGAAGAUUUAACAAGCCAAUUUGCUCAUUUUGGUAUCUCCUCCGAAACGAUUCCUUAUUAA